AUGUCUGAAACAAUUAUAGUACCUGAAACCACACAAUCAACUGAAACUAUUUUAGUAAUUGAUGAUGAUACCGAUAUUCUUGCACUACUUGAGAUGAGUUUAGUUUCAGAUGGGUUCAAUGUUGUUACCGCAAACAAUGGUAUAAGUGGGCUUCAAAGUGCCAAAGCAAAACAACCAGAUCUCAUUUUGCUUGAUGUCAUGAUGCCGCAAAUGGAUGGCUUAGAGGUUAUCAAGAAGUUGAAGGAAGAUGCAGAGACACGCGCAAUUCCCGUCCUAUGGUUGACAGCAAAGUCACAGACUGCAGACAAGUUACGAGGUUUGGAAAUUGGUGGCGACGAUUAUAUUACAAAGCCUUUUGAUUUACGAGAGGUGACUGCUCGGAUUAAUGCAGUUUUAGGGCGAACACGCCUAGUGAAAUACAUCAAUCCAUUAAUUAAUGCUAUGGGAGACAGUUUCAGUGAAGCGGGUGUAGCAGAACUCGGAUCAGAUCUCCAAGCUGCUGCCGAAAUUCAAAUGAAGUUGCUUCCUGACAAACCGCCAGUUUGUGCUACGUUUGACUUUGCUACCAUGUUUAAAAGUUCAACCUCUGUUUCUGGCGACUUUUACGAUUUCAUUCCACUUAGUGACACACGCCUUGCUAUCGUUUUAGGAGAUGUAAAAGGACAUGGAAUACCAGCAGCACUACUGAUGUUGAUUUAUCUAAUUGACACUGUUAUCAGCGAUAUUCUGAGAGAGAUGAAAUUUGAUGAAGAGGCACAAGAGCAUGUGAACCUCGCUGUCAUUGAAGCAGGGACAAACGCAAUCAAGCACGGCAAUAAAGAAGACUUAAGUAAGACCACUACAUUUGAGUUUCUUAUUGACGAUGAAAAACUUACGAUUGUUAUUACUGAUGAGGGACCUGGGUUUCAACGCGAAGAUGUCGCGAAUCCGCUUGAACCGGAGAACCUGCUAAAAAGUAGUGGACGAGGGAUUUUCUUGAUGGAAGCCUGCAUGGAUGAAGUUGAAUACGAGGCUGGAGGCACUAUCGUCAAGAUGAUAAAAUAUAAGCAAAAUCCUAAUUUGUAG